AUGACAUAUAAGUUAAGUGUUUUCUCUCUUAAUGAUGGGUUUGUCGAUUUAUUCUACCUUUCUUAUCAGGUUGAAACAGGUGACAACCCUGAGAUUCGUUACGAAACCCAUCCGGACUUCAACGGAGAACUCUUUCUUAGCCAGAGGAUUUUAGGAUUUCUCGCUUGUCCAUUGUGCCAUGAAGAUGGUACUCUUCUGUGGUGGAGAAUGCAAAGAGCAAACAAGUCCAUGUCCUUCUCUGGACUAAUUAAGGUCUCUGGAAACAUGACCCGUGUCAGCAUAACGUAUGAUGCCUCUUGCUUCUUUAAUCUAACAAACGUGAUAAUUUUCAUCCCUCUUCUUCCUCCUGCUCUUAGAAGUGUGAUGACAGUUAUAUAUUGUUGUUCUAGGAGUUAUGAGUCAGGGAACUCGGUGCUGAAAUGGAAGUUACCUCUGAUCAACAACUCUAACCGACGGGGUUUACUAGAGUUUUUGGUGCCACAAGCUGAUUCAUCGGAGGUGUUCUUCCGCUGGUGCAGGUGA